AUGAACAGGGAAGUUAGUACAGAGAGCCAUAAACUGAUAUUUGCCCCUGCUGCAAGUGUGGUGGACUCUUCCUUUUUUGUGGAAUUGUCCAAUUUAAAGCUAAAUGUGCAGAAACUUGAUACGUCUUAUCAAAACAUAUUAGGCUAUUAUAAUUUCAGUGCCUUGGGGUCAGAGCAAUCGCCAAGCCUGAUUUUAACAGAUAAUAGUUUUGUCGAGACUGAAAAUAAAGAGGAGUUUACACAACGUUUGCCUUCUAAUUCAUACUUUUUAUCUCCGGGGAAGUUGUUGAAUGUAAAUUCAAUUGAGGAAUUCAAACGUGUAAACAAAAAGGAUUUUCUAAUUGAUUCUGCGAUGGAUAUUUUACAAAGAAUAAGAGAUAAGUCAUUUUUACAUGAUCCAGCGUUGCUCUCUUCAUUUCGCAUACUUUCUUACGCAGACCUAAAAAAGUAUAAGUUUUACUACUGGUGUGCAUUUCCUCAGCUUCAAUCCCAAUGGGAACAAUGUGAAACAAAAGAUUCAGUUGACUAUAAAUUGCAGCCGAAUGAAGUCUUUGACUCUCAGUUUUAUCUUAUUAAUGACGAAGGUCUCAAAAAACCAUUGUCGACGCUCUUCAAUAAUUCGACUGACAGUUUAUUGAAGGUUCUUUUCAUCGAUACGUGUUCUUCCACUCAUACUACAUCAUACAUUUUACGAAACUUUUUGACAGCUUUAGCUAAUCAUAAUUUUACCUUGGUAGAAGUCCAAGUAUUAAAAGUUAAUCAUUUCAAUAAAAACUUUACCACUCUAUUUCUAAAUCAAGAUUUAAAUGAUAAUAAACAUAAUAAUAUUGACGGCGUACCUCCUGUUAUUGGAUGGGAGAGAACAUCACAUGGGAAAUUAGGGCCUAAAAUAGCUGAUUUGGGUGCCUUGAUAAAUCCUGAAAAAUUAGCUGAACAAGCCGUUGACUUGAACUUGAAAUUGAUGAAAUGGAGAUUAGUCCCUGACUUAGAUUUAGAUGUUAUCAAAAACACCAAGGUUUUAAUACUUGGUGCGGGAACUUUAGGGUCAUAUGUUUCUAGGUGCCUUUUAGCGUGGGGAACUCGUCAUGUCACCUUUGUUGAUAGCGGAAAGGUUUCAUUUAGUAACCCAGUGAGGCAACCAUUGUACAACUAUGAUGAUUGUUUGAGUGGUGGAAAGCCGAAAGCAGCAACAGCCGCAGAAAACUUGAGGAGGAUUUUUCCUGGCGUUAAUGCAAAGGGGUUUCAAAUUGACAUACCAAUGGUAGGCCAUCCAAUAAAGGAUGAAAAGAAGGAGUACGAAGACUUCAAGAAACUGGCUCAAUUGGUUGAUGCCAACGAUGCUAUUUUUUUAUGUUUGGAUUCAAGAGAGGCCAGAUGGUUGCCAACGUUGCUGGGAAAUGUUAAACAUAAAAUUGUCAUUAAUUCUGCAUUAGGCUUUGAAAGCUACUUGGUAAUGAGACAUGGUUGUAUUGACCCAGCUAACAAUCUCGAGAAUCAAAUAGAAGGACGAUUAGGUUGUUACUUCUGCAGUGAUAUUGUUGCUCCCAAGGACUCAUUGACAGAUCGAAGCCUUGACCAGAUGUGUACUGUUACCAGACCGGGGCUUGCGCUUUUGGCCUCUUCACUGGCGACGGAACUAUUUGUUUCUAUUUUGCAAUCUCCAAUGAAGCAAUAUUCCAACCACAUUGCACAUGACAAAACUAACAUUCUAGGAUGUCUUCCACAUCAGCUAAGGGGAUAUCUUCAUAACUUUGAAACUUUAAAACUAAGCUCAAAAAAUUUUAGGUGCUGUACCGCUUGUUCAGUGCCUGUUAUUAGAGAAUUCAGAGAGCAUGGGUGGCACUUUGUAAAAACCGCAUUGAAUGAUAGUACUUAUUUAGAAGACGUUACUGGCUUGAGGGAGUUUCAUAAAAAUGCUGAAAGUGCUGCUGUAUUACUAGAUGAGUUUGAUGAACUCGCAUGCGAGGACCAAGGAAUAGAAUAA